AUGUUCAAAAUAUCAGGACAACAUCUAUGGGAGUAUUUGGGAAGCAGUGCAGCCGGUGUCCCACAGCUACAACGCUACAAGAGGGACUGGGUUAUCCCAACAAGAACACUUAAAGAAAACUUUGACUACAGCACAGCUGGCUAUGUCGCAAAGAUCAGGUCAGACUGGGAUGAAGAGCGAACCCUGUACUACACUCUGCUGGGCCACGGGGCCAGUAAAGAACCAGUCAACCUUUUUAUUGUGGAGGAGAACACUGGACUGGUUCGAAUCCGAGGAACACUGGACCGAGAGGAGAGAGAGACUUACAUUCUUACAGGAGUGGCCAGAUUUAAUAAUGGUACUGUGGCUGAAGGCAAAAUAGACCUGAGGUUUGAUGUAGAGGAUGAGAAUGAUAAUCCACCUGUGUUUGUUCCAGUACCUCCAGCUACAAUCAAAGAGUCCAGUCCAGCAGGGACUUUGGUUGGCAUGUUAACAGCUACAGAUGCAGACAAGGCCAACUGCUCCCAUUCACAGAUUGCCUACAGCAUUAAGAAGCAGGAGCCCUCUGAUGGCACAGAUCUUUUCUACAUAGACAGAAACACAGGAUCCAUCUACGUCAAAGAAAAUACCUUAGACAGAGAGACACAAAGCUCCUACAUUUUAACAAUUACAGGAAGUGAUCUGAAUGGAGCUCCUGGAGGCAACACAGGCACUGGGACCAUUCAUAUCAAAGUAGUGGACAUCAAUGAUAAUGUGCCCACGCUGGAAAAAGACCAGUAUUCAGGCAGCAUUGUGGAGAACUCCGCCCAUGUGGAGGUCAUGAGGUUUAAAGUGCUGGAUGCUGAUGAAGAGAAAACUGACAACUGGCUGGCUGUUUUUGACAUCGUCACUGGAAAUGAAGAGGGGACAUUCAGCAUCAAGACUGAUCCCAACACCAAUGAAGGUGUUCUGAUGCUUGAAAAGCCUGUUGAUUUUGAGGCAAAUCCUGAUAUCAGUCUUGGAGUGGCAGUAUCCAAUGUUGCACCAUCUGUUGGGGGUGGAGGCAGUGAUGGUGGGAAUCAAGGAGAGGGAGAUGGAGAAGGACAGGGGGUGGGAGCAGGAGAGGGAGGUGGGGAUGGAGAAGGAGGGGGGGAGGGAGCAGGAGGUGGGGAUGGAGGGACUGCAGCUGACUUGAGUGCUGGAGCCGGUGGAGCUGGAGCUGCUGGAGCUGCUGGAGCUGGACCUGGUGGCUCAGCUAAAAAACCUUCCACAAAAAAGAGGCCAAGAAAGGGCAAACUUUACCCUGUGAGCAUUGCAGUUUUGAAUGAGCCCGAGGGGGUCACCUUCCAACCCUCAGUGAAGCCUGUCUCUGUUUCUGAGAACCCAGAGGAAAAUCCAUUAAUGGAAGUCAUUGCUGUCUAUGCAGCCACUGACACCGACACUGGAGAGCCUGCAGAAAAUGUUCGAUAUGCUAAAGGAUAUGAUCCUGACAACUGGCUGUUGAUUGACUCAGAGACAGCAGAGAUUAGACUUCAAAAGGCCCCAGACAGAGAGUCCCCAUUCUUAGUGAAUGGAACUUACUACGCUAAAAUACUGGGCUUGACUCAGGACAUGCCUCCCAAGAUGGUCACAGGAACAGUUGCGUUGCAGGUAGGAGAUGUAAAUGAUAACUGCCCCACACUGACUAACGCCGUGAAGUACAUCUGCUCAGACACAGAAGUAGUUGAUGUCACAGCGGUGGAUGAAGAUGGAGAACCAAAUUCAGCCCCUUUCAGCUUCAGCCUUGUGGCAGAGAAGAGCCAGGGGGAGUGGAGGGUUGAACCUUUAAAUGAUACCAGUGCCUCCCUCAGGGCUUUGAGACCGUUGUGGCCUGGACACUGCCAGGUUGCCUUCAUCAUCCAGGACCAGCAGGGCCUCGCCUGCCCAGACCCUCAGUACCUGGAUUUACAUGUGUGCUCCUGUGAGGAAGGAGAGACCUGCAAAGCAGCAGGUGCAGGUGGUCGAGGAGCCUUUCACAAGGAAUCCUUGUCUUCAUUUGGGUGGCUGGGAGUGGGGACACUGAUCCUGGGACUUCUGAUACUGCUCAGUCUCCUCAUGUUGACCUGCUCAUGUGGAGAAGUGUCAGGGAUCUUUUCUGAGCUUCCUUUUGAUACCAGAGAAUCCUUGAUUGUCUAUCAUACAGAGGGCAGAGGAGAGGACAAGGAUGUCCCUCAGCCCACCUCUCCAGUCCAGAUGACACCUGCUGCUACCAUACCUGCUAUACAGGCCAGCAACACAGUAUCCAAAACCAGGGCAAACACAACAACUUCUUUCAUGACUCUUAACACUGCCAACAACACUUACAAGUCCAGGCCUGAGGCUGCGGUCAAGAUCCAGGAGAGUUGCUUUGAAGGCUCCAUGGAGAGCCAAAGGGAAAGGUACUCAGUGGAUCAACACCUGUUACAGUAUCAAAGCAUGGAUGGCAUUUCUCUCCCAGAUGUGUUUCUGCAUCAGUACUACUCACAGAGUGCAAGUCGUGCAGGAGAGAAGCAGUCAGCACAGGAUGGUCUGUUGGUUUAUGACUACGAGGGACAAGGUUCCUCUGCUAGCUCAGUGGGCUGCUGCAGUCUCCUGGAGUCUAAUGAUGACCUGCAGUUCCUCGAUGACCUUGCACCAAAGUUCAAGAUUCUGGCUGACAUCUGUUCUCCUCCUAGACGUCCAACACCUCUGACACCUAAAAAGAUUGUCAUCCCUCAGGUGGAUAACAUUGACUACAUUGUUGGGCCUUCAUUGGAGACUAAACCAUCUAGCAUCCAUGGCAGGAGCCCAGAGUGUAGCCAAAGUGUCAGCCAGUCAUCCACCAGCCUCACAGGCCUGAACGAAACAUUCACCAGCAGCAUGCAUAGGCAAACACCCACCAGCCUCAGUGGCUUUGAUGGAGCAACUUUCAAUAACAUGCAUGGCCAGUCUUCACACAUCACCACCAACAUCACACAGUCACCCCCUGUUAGUCCCGUUAGUACAGCCAUGCUACCCUCUCCUGGCCUGACACUUCUACUACAACAGCAGCCUGUCUACUACACCACCACCCCUGUGCUGCAGCCAAUGCAUUAUGUAGUCCAACCACAGCUUCAGAGUACUGUGCUGCUGGCUGAGGCUCCUGUCACUAACCGGCAGGGCAUGAUUUUGCAAAACGGGAGUUCAGAACACAGUGAGCACAUGCUGCAGGGGGCAGACACUCAUGGGACUUUAACCCUCAGUCGAACAAGAGGAGACAGACAGCAGUGUAAUACAGAGACUCUGAUGGGUGGACACAUCAGCAGCAGAGGCCAAAGAGGGCCACAUAGUGUUCAGAGCAGACAGGAGAAGUAUCAGGUCGACAGCAUCACCUUUCAUGUGUUAGAAUAG